AGAGGGGGGCGGGCGCCCCGCGCGGUGACGGCGACGCCUGCGGCCGCCGGACUCUCCACUCAACGUCGCCCGAGAGGCCGGUGACCUCUUGGCCGCCCCCGCCUCGGAGGCUCAGAUGGCUCAGGCCAAGAUCAACGCGAAAGCCAACGAGGGGCGCUUCUGCCGCUCCUCCUCCAUGGCGGACCGCUCCAGCCGCCUGCUGGAGAGCCUGGACCAGCUGGAGCUCAGGGUGGAAGCCUUGAGAGAAGCCGCAACUGCUGUUGAGCAAGAGAAAGAAAUCCUCCUGGAAAUGAUCCACAGCAUCCAGAAUAGCCAGGAUAUGAGGCAGAUCAGCGAUGGAGAAAGAGAAGAAUUAAAUCUGACAGCAAACCGUUUGAUGGGACGAACCCUCACCGUUGAAGUUUCAGUAGAAACAAUCAGAAACCCCCAGCAGCAAGAAUCCCUAAAGCAUGCCACCAGGAUUAUUGACGAGGUGGUCAGUAAGUUUCUGGAUGAUUUGGGAAAUGCCAGGAGUCACUUGAUGUCCCUGUACAGUGCAUGUUCAUCUGAGGUGCCACCCGGGCCUGUUGACCAGAAGUUUCAGUCCAUAGUAAUUGGCUGUGCUCUUGAAGACCAGAAGAAAAUUAAGAGAAGAUUAGAGACCCUGCUUAGAAAUAUUGAAAACUCUGACAAGGCCAUCAAGCUGUUAGAGCAUUCUAAAGGAGCUGGUUCCAAAACUCUGCAACAAAAUGCUGAAGGCAAAUUUAAUUAGUUUUGAAACAUAAGAGCAUUUAAAAAUAAUGGCAUAAAAAUGAUUAAACACUAGUUCUUUGUGUUAGGUAUAACCUUUGAUAUUGAUUGUUGUUUCAGAUGAGGAAAAUAUUCCAGUGUCAUCAGUUUUGUGAAUGAUACAAUUAAAACUAGAAAUAUUUUAAUUAUCUUUCUAGAAGUUUUUAGAAUGGAUUCUUGUCUUGUGUUAGGCUCUAGCACCUAAUAUAUAUAUAUUUUUUACUAUUCUGUGGAUGAAUACUUAGUAUAUAGAAGAGAGUAACUGCUCAGCCUGGGCACAAAGCAUUAUUCUGUUCUGGGCUUUGUCUGGCAUGGAGAUACUCGGGCACAUGGGGCAUUAAGUUGACUAGAAAUUCUUGACCUUAGGCAGCACACAAACUUACCACCACACAUCUACUGUUAACUAUGUGGUGUGCUUAAAAGGACAAAAGAAAUCACAAAGUAAGAAACUUUCCCUACAUUAUCUUUUUCAGAAAGCACUUUUUUUGGACAUCUAUCAAAUUAUUUUGAAUUUAAGAUUUAUGCAUCUGAUAAUAUGAAUAUAAGUCUUGAAUUAUAUAAAAACUUGGCAUAAAGUGUGAGAGAAUUCAACUCUAAUAUUAUCACUGUGAACAACUAUAUGUCCACCUCAUCUUUUUCCAAGUGCAUAAUUUCUCUAAAUUUUUAAUCAUUACAAAAAAUACAGUGUUGUACCUUGCCUUUGAAAAAAAAUGCUAUAAAGUCUAAUUGUCAACUUUAAAACCUCUAUUCUGUAUGGUUGUAUAAUUUACUUACCUAUUCCCCUUACUAGACUUUUAGAUUGUUCUAAUUUGUUGCUUAUUCCUGCAACAUAUUUAUAUACAGAAACUUUUUUCCUUCUUUGUUUUUGAUUUUCUUUAUGUAAAUUCCCAGUAGUGGUACUUAUUGGGUCAAAGGUAUAUAUACAUUUUCAAACGUUACAUCAAUUUAUACUGUCUUCAGUAAUUAAAGUGUAGCUGUUUCACUAGAA